GGCAGAGUCAGCUAGGGUUGUGUUUCAUAAGCUUUCACUUUCAAAUGGUGGAAGGAGUCAGCGCAGGAUUCUUCUGUCAGGGAGUGCUGGGUGUCCCAGGUCCCUGGUUCAGCUGAGACCUCUGCAACCUGUUCCUGGCUGUGCUUCUCCACUCUCCUGGAACCAGCUGCCUCUCAGACAAGAGGAGCCUGUGGCACCAAUGCUGGAUCUGGAGCAGGGUUUGGGGCGUGAGCAGUGAACCGCAUGUGCAGUCUCUGAGAGCAGAGACUGGGGCUGGCUGAGGUCUCACAGUAAUGAGUUAGAGACACUCCAGAAGCCCCAGGCAGCUCUGAGGAAAUGGAGGAUUGCUGCAGGGACUCUUUGCUCAUCCAUCUCCCCUCCCUGCUUCUCCUCUUGCAGCUGCCUGCUGGGGGCUCUGCAGAAGACUUUAUGGUGAUUGGCCCUUCUGAACCCAUUGUGGCAGUGCUGGAUGGGGACAUCACGCUGCCAUGUUGUGUGUCCCCGGCCAUGGAUGUGGAGAAUAUGGAGCUGUGGUGGUUCCGCUCCAAGUUCUCAGAAGCAGUGCUCAUCUAUCAAAACCAGCGGGAGCAGAGAGAAGAGCAGUUGGCUCAGUACAGAGGGCGAACCUCACUGGUGAAGGAUUUCCUCACCCAGGGGGAUGCGGCUGUGCUCAUCCACAAUGUCCAGGCUUUCGACAAUGGGUUGUAUACCUGCUUCUUCAGAAUGGGAAUCUUCUAUGAAGAGGCCAGUGUGGAACUGAAGGUGGCAGGUGUGGGCUCUGCCCCUCAAGUGCACAUCACAGGGCCAGAGGAGGAUGGGGUUCAAGUUGUGUGCAUGGCCUCGGGGUGGUUCCCAAAGCCCCAAGUGCAGUGAGAGAAGUUCCUGAUGUUCUCUGAGACCCAAGCCCAAGACGGUGAAGGGCUGUUCACCAUAGAGACCACUCUUGUAGUGAGGGACAGCUCUUCAGGGAAUGUGACCUGCUCAGUCCUCAACCCCAUCCUGGGCCAGGAGAAGGCAAUGGCCAUUUUCAUCCCAGAACCCUUCUUCCCUCGGAGUUCUCCCUGGAAGCUAGCUUUCAUGGUGAUCCUGACUGUGCUGAUGCUCCUACUCCUUGGGGCUGUCUUCUACAUCAUGAGAGAACAUACUACAAAGCUCCAGGAGAUGCAGGAAUGGGAGAAACUGCACAGAGAAAAGGAGGAGGACCAGCGGAUAAAGGAGGAGGCACUGAAGGCCAGAGAUGAACUCCAAGGAGAUCUUGACUGGAGGAAAUCUGUUUACCUGGCCGCCCUGAAGAAGGCACAACUAUAUGCAGAUUGGUGGAAGGAGAAGUUCCAGGCCUUGUCUGUCAGUCUGGAUCCAGAGUCUGCCCAUUCCAGCCUUGCCAUCUCUGAUGACAAGACUAGUGUGACAUUCAAGGACUCACCCAAGGACACAGGAGAAACCUAUAGCGUAUUGGGUCAUGAAGACAUCACAUCAGGGUGUUGCUACUGGGAGGUGGAGAUCAGGAAUGCAGAAGAAAAAAGUGAGUGGGCCCUGGGGGUCUGUAGGAGAGGUGUGGAGAGGAAAGGCUGGUACCAGGAAUGCCCAGGAAAGGGGUUCUGGGUUGUAGGGGUGUAUGAGAAUAAAGUCUUUUCCCUCCCUGAUAAUUCAGAACUCCUUGUGCCAGUUCCCCAAAGGGUAGGGGUUUUCCUGGACCUGAAGGAAGGGGAUGUCUCAUUCUACAACAUGACUGAUGGUUCCCACAUUUUCUCCUUCCCUCUCGCUUCCUCCUCUGAGAUUCUGUUUCCAUACUUCGGUUGAGGGAAGGAGGUAUGUCCCUGACCAUCUGCUCUGGGGUGGAUGGGCCUGUGCAGACCCCUGUACCUGUUAACAACCAUCCUUGUUCUUCAGAGGAGCCUGCGAGCCUCUCAAGACAGGGGUUCAGUUCAGGCUGUGGUGUUGAUGGUGAUCUCCCAGGGGCUGAAUCUCCACUGCUUCCCUCUGGCCCAGAAGCUAUGUCCCCAUAAUGCUCCAACACUGUCCCAGAUUCCUCAUGGUGGCUUUUCUGGGAGCUGCAGACUCCCAGGACUAUCAGCCUCUGAAUUUAGUCCUGAAUGGCUGGGUGUCUUGCCCUUCUCUUCUGGGUGUAGACUGCUGGGGUGAGUUUAUGAGAAUAGUUGGUUCAUGCCUUAUGCUCAGGUAUUUGAAGAUAAAUAUUGACUUUUUCAGCUGUAAUGGGGUUGGCUGAAUUUUGCUAUUGGAAGUCAUGUUUCUUUUGAUCAUGAACAUUAUCUCAUGGAAUCUUCAUAUUAUUUUGAUAUGAAAUGAGAUGAGGUCUGAAUUAUUCUGAAGAAUUAAAUGGUGUUUAUUUUAUAUAGUUUGAAUUGUGCAGAUGAACCCAGAGGCUAUGGGUGGGUUACCAGCUCUAAUUUAGGAAAUGUGCACUCUGACUAAAAAACAUUGUCCAUCUGAACAUUUCUGAAGAAAUGUAUGGCUAAUGGACUUGAAGAAGAGUGGAGUGUCCUAUUCCAUUGUACAUGCUUCCUAUUCUGGAAUGGAUGAGACAUAUUUACCUUAAUGAACCUUCAUAAACAUUUGUUAUUUCUGGGGGGAGGAGUCAAGAU